AUGAUUGAAAAUUUAAAAAGUAUAAAAAAGAAUCGGACCAUAAUUGUUCCUAGUAUAUCAUAUUUUGCAUUGUUUAAAUUUGCUACGAAACGGGAUAAACUGCUCAUUUCAAUUGCUUUUAUAAGCAUAUUUAUAGCAGGUUUAACUAUGCCUUACAGCAUAGCAUUAGUGGCUAAUGUGUUUCAAAGUAUGAUUGACUACGCUAAAUCUAAUAAGGAUCAAUUCUAUACAAGACUUUUUUUAAAGUCUAUGCAACAGUUUGGAAUAAAAUAUACGUGUGUUGGAGUUUUGCUUUUGAUAAGUGGAUAUUUGGGUUCAGCUCUAAUGAAUGUGGCAGCGAUAAAUCAGAUUUUUAAAAUAAGAAUUUCUUAUCUGCGAGCUGUUUUAAACCAAGAUUUGGUCUAUUACGAUUUGCAUCAAACUGGCGACUUCGCUUCGAAGAUGGCCGAAGAUAUGAUAAAGGUAGAGGAAGGUAUUGGAGACAAAGUGUCAGCUUUGCUAUAUAAUAUUGCAGUAUCAAUCAGUUGUAUUGUGAUGACUUUAAUGAAGGGAUGGAAACUAGCUUUACUCUGUCUCAGUACUGCGCCGAUUACUUUUCUGCUCGUGGGAUUAACUGGCGCGAUAUCAAAUCGUUUGUAUAAGAAACAGGCUCAGGCUAAAGGAGCAGCUAACGCUGUCGCUGAAGAAGCUCUAAGUUCUAUUAAAACUGUUUAUGCGUUUAACGGUCAAGAGAAAGAAAUAGAACGUUAUAGGCGAUCUCUCAUAGAUGCCAGAAGAAUCCAUAUACAGAAAGAAUUUUUCACCGGAUUGUCAAUGGGGUUUCUAUUUUUAUGUGUGUUCAUUUCUUACGCUUUGGCCUUCUACUUGGGUAUUUAUCUAAUAAUAAACGAGCCGGAUCGAUACAACGCUGAUGUUAUGUUUUCUGUAUUCUUCGGGGUAAUGACUGCACUGUCCUAUUUCGGUAUGAUAGGCAAUUUGAUGACUUCAUUAGGGUCAGCUCGUGGUGCAGGUGCUUCUAUAUUUUACGUAUUGCACAGUCGACCAAUCAUUAACCCCUUAUUAGACCGCGGAAUCAAACCUGAGUUAAUGGAGGGGGACAUUGACUUUAAAAACGUAUAUUUUGAGUAUCCUUCCAGGCCUGGAAUUAAGGUUUUAAGCGGCGUGAGCAUUAACAUAUUAAGGGGACAGUCAGUGGCUUUAGUUGGACAGUCUGGUUGUGGCAAGUCUACCGUCGUUGCUCUUAUAUCCAGAUACUAUGAUGUCGUUGAUGGAAGUGUUAGGGUAAACGGCUAUGACGUCCGUGAGCUGUCUGUGAGGUGGUUACGUGAUCAGGUCGGCCUGGUACAGCAGGAACCUGUACUGUUUAAUACAAGCAUACGAGAAAAUAUUCGUUACGGAUACAAAUUUGCUUCAAAUGACGACAUAUUAAAAGCGGCGCAAAUUGCUUACGCCCACGAUUUUAUCAUGAUGCUACCUGCUGGUUAUGAUACUUUGGUAGGAGACCGUGGUACCGCAUUAUCGGGAGGACAGAAGCAAAGGAUUGCUAUUGCUCGUGCUUUAGUGCGAAAUCCACGUAUUCUCAUACUUGAUGAAGCUACUAGUGCUCUCGACACUCUUUCAGAAUCUAAAGUACAGGAGGCAUUAAAUAAGGCUACAAAAGGACGGAUAACUAUAAUAGUAGCACACCGUUUAUCUACUAUACGAAAUGUAGACGUUAUAUACGUGAUGAAACAAGGACAAGUUGUAGAGUCGGGCAAUCAUGAAGAAUUGAUGAUUCGAAAGGGUUUCUACUACGAGAUGUUCAAGGCAUCUGAAUUAUCCAACUUAAGCCAACCUGACGUAUCAAAUGGGAUGGAAGCUGACGCGUCUCUUCAAAAUUUAUCGGAAAUGUCAAAAGUUAUUAUUAAUAGCAAGGAUAAAAUAUUGGAAAGAUCUAUAGUGGUUACUGACUCGAUGGCAAAUCACGAUCCAGAUUACUUAAUUAUUAAAGUUAAAACAAUAUCUUAUAUUUGUGUCUCUAUCGGCUGCGUGACGGGCUUUUCCCAUUUAAUUGAAACAUAUUCCUUUGGUAAAGCUGGUGCGUAUUUGACUGAAAGACUCCGUCUGCAGAUGUUUACACACUUUCUCUCUCAAGAUGUCGCUUAUUUUGACGAGCGUGCUAACUCAACGGGUGCUUUGUGUGCCCGGUUGUCUGCCGAGGCUGCGUAUGUUCAAGGUGCCACAGGUCAGCGGAUUGGUAUAUUGUUACAAGCCUUGGGGUCAGUCGGCUUCGCGCUGCUUUUAGCUGUCUGGUUCCAAUGGCGUGUCGCUCUCGUAGCCCUAGCGUUUCUUCCUUUAUUAAUUUUGGUCACUUGGCAGCAAGGUUUAGCUACGGAUAAAGAAUCUUCCGGAUAUGUCAAAUCCCUCGAAAAUAGUACAAAGAUAGCCGUUGAAGCGGUGUCUAACAUACGUACAGUCGCUAGUUUGGGUCGCGAGAGUUACAUCGUACAACAGUAUGCAGAGCAACUGUCGCAUGCGACGUUGCCAGCUCGGCGCGCGGCACACUGGCGUGGGCUUAUGAACGGUCUCUCUAAAUCCAUCUUCAACUUCGUAAAUGUUGCCGCUCUUACUUAUGGUGGUCACUUAAUCGCUGCUGAUGGGACUGCUUACCAGAACAUUCUUAUUGCAACCCAAGCGUUGCAAUUGGCUUCGUCUCAGGCUCAAAACGCAUUUGCGUAUGCGCCCGACUUCCAAAAGGGUAAUAAAGCUGCAACAAGAAUCAUUGAGCUGCUUAAAACCAAGCCUAAGAUUACGAAUCCUGACAAACCAGUGGAAAGCUUUAAAGCGACAGGAGAUGCUUGCCUAAUUGGAGUAAGAUUUAAAUACCCAAGCAGGCCAAAUACAAAAGUUUUGCGAAACUUGCAUUUAAAGAUAAACCGUGGUAAAACAAUCGCAAUAGUCGGACAGAGUGGAUGCGGGAAAAGUACUAUAAUUCAACUCCUUCAGAGGUAUUACGAUCCUGAUGCGGGUAAUGUUUUUCUAGAUGAUAUUACUCUUGAUAAACUACGCUUAAGCGAUGUGCGUGCUAGUUUCGGGUUAGUGUCCCAAGAACCAGUACUUUUCGACCGCAGUAUACGUGAGAACAUUGCUUAUGGAGACAAUUCAAGGGUGGUUCUGGAAGGCGAAAUAAUUGCUGCGGCAAAGCAGGCGAAUAUUCACGAUUUCAUUGUGUCAUUACCAAUGGGAUACGAGACCGAAAUAGGAGCGAAAGGCGUACAGCUAUCUGGGGGACAGAAGCAAAGGGUGGCGAUUGCUAGGGCUUUGAUUCGACAUCCAGCUAUACUAUUACUUGACGAAGCUACAAGUGCCCUUGAUAACGAAAGUGAGAAGGUAGUUCAAGCGACGCUACUGGGCGCGAGGGCGGAUCGCACGUGCGUUCUUAUCGCGCACCGACUGAGCACCGUGCGAGACGCGCAGGAAAUAUGCGUGCUCCGCGCAGGAAGAGUCGCAGAGCAAGGCACUCAUACUGAGCUUGUGAAACUAGGGGGACUGUACUCUAACCUACUCUCGAAAGGCUUUAAAUAAAGAUUUGUAAUGUUUUCUAUUAAAGUCGUUUAACAUUUUUA